GUUGCUAUGGUAACCACAACACGCCAUUCAACCGGAGAGAAAUCUGUGAUUGAGUUUUGCUAACAUUAACUGUUAGCUGUAACGUUAUUUAAACUACUCAAAGCGUAUGGUUUUGUAAUUACAUAGGACAAAGGGACGCAGUUUUGGAGACGUGUGCGAGGAGUCAAGAUAUUCAAAAUGAGUCAAUCUGAGGAGCAGCAGGAUAGCAGGAAUACAAAUAGAGGAGAAGUGAAGGUGGAAGAACAAGAGGAGGAGGAGAAGGGAAUUGAGAACACCCCUCUAGUGGCCCGUGCACCUGAUGCUUCACUCCCAGAGGAGCCGCCCUUUGCUAGUGCUGAUGUUACUGCUAGUCCUGCUUUCCGCUGCCUAGAUGAGUUGUCAUUGGACAAAAUCAGCAAGACCAAAGUCGCCAAACUGAAAUCCAGCUUCAGGCUCCUCCAUGAUACUCUGAAGAGUACACAGGAUUCUGAGAUCCACCUUUUGGGAGAAGCAAAGAGGUGUCGUGCUGAGCUAGAGAGGCUGCAUGCUCAGGUGGAGAGAACAGAGGAGCAGAGCACCUCUGAGGAGCCUGAAAGUGAGGUCAAUGAACUGAGGCAACAGUUCCUCCAGGCAUGCAAUGAACUGAAAGCUGCCGAGGACAGAGAGUACAAGACACAGUACAAACUGAAAUGUCUCUGGGAAGAGAAGCAGUGUCUGGAGAAAGAGAAUGAGAUUCAGCCAAAACCUGCUGAGCUGGAGAGCAGAGCAAAGGCCCUGCAGGACAAACAUGAGGAUCUGAGGAGGGAGGUUUCUCUGAGACAACUAGAAGUCAGAAGUCUGACAGAAGAUGUGGAAACCCAUGAAACGCAGAUAUUAAAAGAACAGAAAGAGCUGGAAGACAAGGCAAAGAUCAUAGAGCUCAAAGAGGCUGAAAAAGCCCAGCUCAUCAGCAUCCCUGACCAGGUUUUAAAGGAGAUUGGAAGGAAACACUCUAAGAGGGAAUCUGCAAUGAAGACGAUGGAGGCACUAAAUGCAGAGAUUUCAGAAAUGGAGCAACAUGUGAAAGAAGUGAAUGAGCGGAGCCACGUGCUGAGGUGGGAGAACAAGGAGUCGAAGAAGGGGCUGGAGGGUGUCGGGGCCCACGUAGAUGCCUGUCAGAGGGAGUGCAGACAGCUGCUGAAGGAGCAAGAGGUCAACAGGGAGGAGAAGGCUGAACUCAUGGGGAACAGAGGUAUCCUGGAAAUGAAGCUGCAGAACAUCAUGUGCGACAGGAAGCACCUGUGUGAGUGCCAUGCUGUGCAGCUCAAGGAGAAAAAUAGGCAGAUGCAAACCUUCAGGAGGAUGGAGCAUGCGUUGAUGGUGGCCACUGAGCAGCUAGAGGACACACAAUCCAUCUACAAUGAGCUGCAGGCUCAGUUAGAUGCUGUUCCCAAACAAGAGGCCAGUAUUCAGCAGCGGAUGGAGCUUCAGAAGGAGGUGGAUGCUCUCAAAGUCAGCUUUGAAAAACAGCUAUCGGUGUCUGAGGAGCAGAGGCAGAAGAUGCAGCAGUGUGGGAUGAUUCAGGGUCUGCUGAGGGAGUCAAACUGCCUCCGAGAAGAACUCCAUAACCUCAAAUGUCUGACACAGAUCAAAGUGGAGGAGAGGGGCCAGAAGCACCGGGAACUGCUUCGCGCUGAGCAGCUGAACCGGCACAUCCAGCAGGAGCUGCGAGAGAAAGACUUGAUCAUCAUGGACCACAACAAGCUGAAUGCUAUGCUACAGCGAAGAGUUCUUCAGAACUGUAAGCUGUGCAACAUGAUCACAGAAGAGAAGAACAAGUAUGUCAAGCUGAAGCAGAUCGCCUCACAGACCACCACGGAGAUGACGGAGCAGGUGAAAGUGCUGGAAAAUGAGACGGAGAUCCAACGUACCAUUGUCAUCAACAAGGACCGAUCGCUCACAAAGGCUCGUAUGAAGAGCUCUAAAAACUCCAAAAUAAGGGACAAACUGAACAAUGACAUCUCCAAGGCUGUCUGGAAGCACCGUCAGAUCAUUCAGGAGUAUGAGGACAACAAACUGGAGUUGAUGAAACUCACACAAACGAUCAACCUCCAGGAGCAGGCACUUCUGGAAGUAAACACGAACCACGAAACAGCCAUUCAGCGCCGCAAUCUGCUUGGCAUUCAGCUCCUGGAGCACGAAGAGGUGUUAUUCAACUUCUUUGAAAAGGUGAACAUCCAGGAGGCAGCCAUCACUAAGGGCAACAUGACACUGGAGACCCUGGAGAAGGAGAUGAGAGAUUUACAGUUGGAGAUUAACGAGGAGAAGAGACAGAUAGACCUGAAGAAGAAGAAGGAGAUGCCCCUCGAGAUAAAGUUGGAGGGAGAGAUCACCACGCUGCUGAUCGAGCUGUCCGAAGCCAGAGACAAGACACUGGAAGGUCUGAAUCGCACGGUUGAUUAUAAGGAGCUAAAAGGCGAAGACCCUUCAACUGCAGAACUGGUCAAGGACAUUGAGCAGCUGGAGUUGAAUCUCGCCAAACAAGAGAGGCAGUCGCUGGAAAAAGAGCUCCUGGUGGACCAGGUGACCCGGCUCUCCAAGCCACUCAGCGAGCAGGCUGAGAACUGCCAACAGGACAGACUCUCACUGGCAAAGAAGUUAAACGAGAUCCGAACUCACGUAAUCGACAGCAACCACCGCAUGAUGGCCGUCGCUGCAGAACUUUCCAUGAAGCAAGCUGCUGCUUUGUCUCUCCAACAAGAGAUUAAAGAGAAAGAGUUCCAGAUGGACAGGUGCCAGAGGCAGCUGGAGCAGGGCCUGCCACCAUGCCCUGAGAUAGAGAAGGAGUGGAGGAGGAUGCUACGAGACAAGAAGAGGAGACGGAGGGACAAAGAGGAGAGAGAGAGGCUGGCUGAAGAAGAGGAGUGGACCCAGUUGCCUAAUGGAGAGUACACCACGGCUGAAUCCCGUCCCAACGCAUACGUCCCCCAGACCGACUCCCUCCCUCUGCCCAAACCCUACGGAGCCCAUGCCCCCUUCAAACCCUCCCAACCGGGAGCCAACAUGAGACACAUUCGCAAACCAACACUCAAACCCUUAGAGAUAUAGAAAACAAUGCACCUGUAUUCAACCUGUGGGUGUUGGUUCUCAGUUCACAUCAGUGCCCUUCAGAUUUAAACUGAUAUUUAAAAGCAUUAAAACAUUUUAAACAUA